GAACGUUCCAGUGAAGAUGUAGACAUAAUAUUCACACGACUGAAAGAAGUGAAAGCUUUUGAGAAAUUUCAUCCAAGCCUUCUCCAGCAGAUAUGUCUCUGUGGGUAUUAUGAAAACCUGGAAAAAGGAAUCACAUUGUUCCGUCAGGGUGAUAUUGGGACAAACUGGUAUGCUGUCCUGACAGGAUCACUGGAUGUGAAGGUUUCUGAUACAAGCAACCAUCAGGAUGCUGUGACAAUAUGCACUCUGGGAAUGGGAACUGCUUUUGGAGAGUCCAUUCUAGAUAACACUCCUCGCCAUGCUACCAUUGUUACCAGAGAAUAUAGUGAACUCCUUCGAAUUGAGCAGAAGGACUUUAAAGCACUUUGGGAGAAAUAUCGACAGUAUAUGUCUGGACUUCUCACUCCUCCUUAUGGUGUUAUGGAAACUGGCUCCAACAAUGACAGAAUGCCAGAUAAGGACAAUACACCUCUUAUUGAACCUCACAACCCACAUCGUCCUACUAAAACCAUUACACAGGUUCCUUCAGAAAAGAUCCUCAGAGCUGGAAAGAUUUUGCGGAAUACAAUUCUGUCCCGAGCCCCUCACAUGAUAAGAGAUCGUAAAUACCAUCUGAAGACUUACAGGCAAUGCUGUGUGGGGACAGAAUUAGUUGACUGGAUGAUGCAGCAAAGUCCUUGUGUCCAUUCACGAACUCAGGCUGUUGGCAUGUGGCAAGUAUUGCUGGAAGAAGGUGUUCUUAACCAUGUGGAUCAGGAACAUCACUUUCAAGACAAAUACUUAUUUUAUCGAUUUUUGGAUGAUGAGCGUGAAGAUGCUCCUUUGCCAACUGAGGAAGAGAAAAAGGAGUGUGAUGAGGAGCUACAGGACACUAUGCUUCUUCUGUCUCAGAUAGGGCCAGAUGCUCAUAUGAGGAUGCUUCUCAGAAAACUGCCCGGCCAGAGAACUGUAGAUGACUUAGAAAUUAUAUAUGAAGAACUCCUUCACAUUAAGGCCUUAUCUCAUCUUUCUACCACAGUAAAGCGAGAAUUAGCAGGUGUCCUGAUUUUUGAGUCACAUCCCAAAGCAGGAACGGUCUUAUUUAAUCAGGGAGAAGAAGGUACUUCUUGGUACAUUAUCCUAAAGGGAUCAGUAAAUGUAGUCAUUUAUGGCAAGGGUGUGGUAUGUACUCUACAUGAAGGAGAUGAUUUUGGGAAGUUAGCACUUGUGAAUGAUGCUCCCAGAGCAGCAUCCAUUGUUCUGCGUGAAGACAACUGCCACUUUCUGAGGGUAGACAAGGAGGACUUCAACAGGAUCCUUAGGGAUGUGGAAGCAAAUACAGUAAGACUCAAAGAGCAUGACCAAGAUGUCUUGGUGUUGGAGAAGAUCCCAGCAGGAAGCAGAGUUUCUAAUCAAGGAAAUUCACAGCCUCAGCACAAAUAUACUGUGAUGUCAGGAACCCCAGAGAAAAUUUUGGAGCACUUUCUAGAAACUAUGCGCCCCGAAACAACUUUAAAUGAAGCAACAGAUUCUGUUUUAAAUGAUUUUAUUAUGAUGCACUGUGUUUUUAUGCCAAAUAGCCAGCUCUGCCCAGCCUUGAUGGCACACUAUCAUGCCCAGCCUUCCCAGGGUACAGAGCAGGAGAAAAUGGAUUAUGCCCUCAACAAUAAAAGGAGAGUCAUUCGACUGGUUCUGCAGUGGGCUGCUUUAUAUGGAGAUUUACUACAAGAAGAUGAAGCAGCAAUGGCCUUUUUGGAGGAAUUCUAUGUAUCUGUAUCAGACGAUACUAGAAUGAUUGCAGCACUAAAGGAGCAACUUCCAGAGCUAGAGAAAAUUGUAAAGCAAGUCUCUGAAGAACCUAAAGCACCUCAAAAGAAGCACAAAGUUCUUCUGCAGCUAUUCAACACAAGUGAUGACAGGACACAGAAACGCCAGCCUAUCAGGGGCAGUGACGAAGUUCUGUUUAAGGUGUACUGCAUAGACCAAACCUAUACGACUAUCCGGGUGCCAGUGGCCUCCUCGGUGAAGGAAGUGAUCAGUGCAGUGGCAGAUAAGCUGAGUUCUGGAGAAGGCCUCAUCAUAGUGAAGAUGAGUUCAGGAGGAGAAAAGGUUGUGCUUAAACCUCAUGAUGUUUCAGUGUUUACAACUCUCAGUGUUAAUGGACGGCUGUUUGCUUGCCCACGUGAUCAGUUUGACUCAUUGGCACCAUUACCAGAACAAGAAGGACCAUCUACUGGUACAGUAGGAACAUUUGAACUGAUGAGCUCCAAAGACUUAGCACAUCAGAUGACAAUCUAUGACUGGGAGCUCUUCAACUGUGUGCAUGAGCUGGAAUUGAUCUAUCACACUUUUGGAAGGCACAAUUUUAAAAAGACCACAGCAAAUCUGGACUUGUUUUUAAGAAGAUUUAAUGAAAUUCAGUUCUGGGUGGUCACUGAGAUUUGUCUUUGCUCUCAACUCAGCAAGCGUGUUCAGCUGUUAAAGAAGUACAUUAAGAUAGCAGCCCACUGUAAAGAAUACAAAAAUCUGAAUUCCUUUUUCGCUAUUAUUAUGGGACUGAGUAAUGUUGCUGUGAGCCGUCUCUCCUUGACAUGGGAGAAACUUCCAAGCAAGUUCAAGAAGAUCUAUGCAGAGUUUGAAAGCUUAAUGGAUCCAUCAAGAAACCAUAGGGCCUACAGACUAACAGUAGCUAAAUUGGACCCUCCAAUAAUUCCUUUCAUGCCACUACUUAUAAAAGACAUGACAUUUACUCAUGAAGGAAACAAGACAUUCACUGACAACCUAGUAAACUUCGAAAAAAUGCGCAUGAUUGCCAGCACUGUCAGGACAGUGAAAUUCUGCCGAAGCCAAUCCUUCAAUCCCGACGCAGCCCUGACUAAUAAGAACCAUCAGGAUGUUCGGAGCUAUGUGCGGCAAUUAAAUGUGAUUGACAACCAGAGAACUUUAUCACAGAUGUCUCACCGACUAGAACCGCGUCGAGCGUAAACAUUUGAAGCAAUGAUGAGAAAAUGAUCUUUUAUCCUGUCAAGGUCACUUGUUAAGAACUUCACUUUCUCUGCUACCAUGCUGCCACUACAAAAAUAAGCAAAAACAUAUUCUAAGGUCCUAGGCAACGCACAAUGUACCAGCCUGUAAGAGAACUUUGUCUGAGGAAGGAUUUAACCACUGUAGCUGAACGGGUGGCCAUGUUGGGAACUGCUAAUUUCUCUUAAGGUGUAGUAAAUGAUUUCUCAUAUGCAUAAAAAAAAAGGCAGAAGAUAAAACAGAAUAGUUAGUGAAAAAUGCACAAAAAGCUUCUCACAGUUCUAAGGAAGGUAGUGUUUUUCUCCUUAAUUAAAAAUCUGUGCUUUUUCAUUUAUUCUCUACGUCAGGACCAAAACUGAUCAUCAGUUUAGCUU